AUGACAAAGAGGGAUCAGGCAGACUUGAAACAUGUGUUCUUGCUACUAGUGGUUCUCUUGGUCUCAUGUUCUAUCGACCAUGCUAUUGCUUCUCCACAAGAGUUACUAACCGGGUGGAGAGAAAAGUUGAUAAAAGUAAUACCAUCAAGAAGUAGACGAGGUCAUGGCUAUUAUGUUGGAUUUCCAGCGCCACCACCACCAUUACAGUCACCACCUCCGUCACUGGCGCCAUCGUCAAUGUCAUUGUCAUCACGGUGA